AUGAAUUAAUAAAGUUUGUGCUUAAAAUUUAGAAUAUUGCAUCAACAUAGAUAUCUCUCACAUCCAAUUUAUAAUACACCCAAAUCUAAAUUACAACGUAGCUUCAGUUUGCCUAAAUUCUUUGUUUUUAAUACAAGAAAUCAAUUUCAUAAAAUACCACAAAAAAUGAGAAGAAAAAGUUGUGAUUGUCAGGAAUGUGGACGAAUGACUAAUUUUCAAUAUAGAAAUAUGAAUAUACCAUUCAUUCUUAAACCCUCUAGAAUAAGAAGGCAACCAUCUCUCAAAACUAAUCGAUUAUUGACUGCAUAAAAUACAAGUAUACAAUUGUACUACCAAUAUUCAUAGAAAAAUUAUUUCGCAAAUUCUCUGCCUCUAAAUAAGAUUCUUUAAUUUGCACAUCAUCUUCUCAAUUACUACUCACUUCUCUCCGUAGAGCUUCAGCAAGAACCACAGAAAAACUUAUAGAAGAUACCCAAAUUCGCAUAUUUGAGCCUCCUAAAUCUUGUAAAAGUCAUUUAUUAUAAAAUCCUAACAAACCAGAAAUAACAAAGAUUACUUUAUAAAUUCCAAAAUCAUAAAGAAUAAUCAAAACAUAACCUUCAGAGCACACAAAGAUUAAGUUACCACGAACUCUAAAAAGCAUGAAGUAAAUUUACAAUAGAAACUUUCUUUGUACAUACUUGACUAAAUAUAAGAAAUCAAAAACCUUGAUGGUUUUAUAAAAGAUAUGA